AUGUGGACACCAUUGGAGCUUCAAGUACUUGAACUGAAAAAGAAGCAUCCAGGCGUACUGCUCGCAAUCGAAGUUGGUUACAAGUUUCGAUUUUUUGGAGUUGAUGCAAAGACCGCGUCGCGUGUGCUGCAUAUCGCCCAUUUUAUCGACAAAAACUUUUACGUCGCUAGUAUACCCACCCAUCGACUCGCGGUCCACGUGCGCCGUCUGGUUCAUGCAGGACACAAGGUUGGCGUCGUGCGACAGACUGAGACAGCCGCAUUGAAAGCUUCUGGAAGCAACAAGGGGGGGCCGUUCCUGCGCGAACUCAAACACUUGUAUACCAAGGGCACAUUUGUGGACGAAAUGGCCACGUCCGAGCUCGAGUUGGAUGAUGCUGCAGGAUCUUCAUCUUCCUCGUCCACGUCAAAUUAUUUGUUAUGCAUUGUAGAGGAGAAGCGAGGAGGUGGCGGACCAGAUGAACGCGUUCAAAUUGGCCUUGUGGCUGUCCAGCCUGCGACGGGUGAUGUUACAUACGAUUCGUUUGAGGAUGGCUACAUGCGGUCGGAACUAGAGACGCGGAUUCUACAUAUUGAACCUUGUGAACUCCUGCUACCUCACGCUUUGAGCAAAGCGACCGAGAAAGUCGUCCAACAUAUGAGUAUGCAAAGAACCACGGCAUUUGGCGAGUCAGUGCGCGUAGAGCGAAUGCCUGAAAACGACAACUUCGUCUCAGAUUACAAUGCAGCUUUUACACACGUCUCCGAAUUUUACACUCGAAUUAGCAAUUCUUCUGAAGAAAAAUCAGCGAACAGCUCUUCAUCUGCUACUUCAAAGGUGCUCUUCUCCGAGAUAUUGCGCUUACCGGAUACAGUCAUUAAAGCACUCGCUGCAACGAUACGUUACCUCUCCGACUUUGGUCUACAACAUGCUCUCCAAUUAACAAAAUACUUUGUUCACUUUUCAUCAAGAAGUCAUAUGCUCCUCAACGGCAACACGAUGGCAAACUUGGAAAUAUAUCGGAACUCGACCAAUUACACCGAAAAAGGCUCACUUUUCUCGGUACUUAACCAUACUAGCACAAGCUUUGGAAGACGAUUAUUGCGCAAAUGGGUCGGUCGACCGCUUGUUGACGUAAAGCGACUUAACCAGCGCAUCAAUGCGGUGGACGAACUUCUGACAACAGAUAAUCCAAACAAAGACAAGGCCAAAGCAUUACUUAAGCAGAUACCUGAUCUGGAAAAAGGCUUAUCAAGAAUACACUACGGACAGUCCUCUCCUGCAGAACUGGUUCAAGUACUCGACACAUUAUUCAGGAUAGCGAACACGUUUCAUGGAGCAACAGAUACCUCAUUUCGGUCACCGUUACUGAAUGAUAUUUUUGCUUCACUGCCAACUAUACGGCCGGACGUAAUUGAGCUUAAGAAAGUGAUUAAUUCCGAUGCUCUCAGCUCGUCGGCCGAUCGCAAAAUUGGUCUACUCAAGGAAGAUGAUCGCUGGCCAGAGCUUGCUCAAGAAAAAGAGAAUAUUGCUCGUACUGAAAAGGAACUUAAUGAGCACUUGGUUGAGAUUAGAUCCAAGUUUCAGAUCCCAUCAUUGCAAUAUAUCAACGUUGCUGGUAUCGAGUAUUUGCUAGAAGUGAAGAAUACCAUGAUCAAAAAAGUACCAAGGGAAUGGAUUAAAAUCAACGGAACCAAGGCUGCUUCGCGAUUCCAUACACCAUGGCUCAUUAAAAAACUUAAAGAACGCGAGAGGCACAAGGAAUUACUGGAGGCGGCAUUCGACAAGGCCUAUCGUACUUUUUUGACGCAAGUUACUGAGAAAUACGAAACGUUCCGGGACGUGGUCCUUGGGCUAGCUCAGCUGGACUGUUUGUUUUCCUUGGCAACAGUAGCCCAACAACCCAACUAUGUCAAACCAACAUUCUCGGAACAUGCGCAACUCAAAGUAGUUAAUGGCCGGCACCCAAUGGUGGAGCAGCUCCUAUCAGAUUCCUAUGUACCCAACGAUAUUGAUUUCGAUAUGCACAAGAAGCGGACUAUGGUUUUGACAGGUCCUAAUAUGGGUGGCAAGAGUUCAUACAUCCGACAGGUAGCUCUGAUUGCCAUCAUGGGCCAGAUUGGAUCGUACGUGCCGGCCGAUUCUGCAGAACUCGGCAUCCUUGAUGCAGUAUAUACUCGGAUGGGUGCAUUGGAUAAUAUGCUUGCAGGUGAAAGUACGUUUAUGGUUGAACUACACGAGACAUCGGAUAUUAUGAGACAAGCGACACCUCGUUCUCUUGUCAUUUUGGAUGAGCUUGGACGAGGCACUAGCACCCAUGAUGGUAUGGCGAUUGCCUAUGCUGUGCUUCGCCACUUUAUCACUGAGAUCCGGUCAAUCACAUUAUUUGUCACACAUUAUCCUUUCCUCGCUGAACUCGCGGAUGAGUUUCCAGAAACAACAACAAACUGUCAUAUGAAUUAUAUUGAAGAUAGUGACGGAGAUCUACCGAACAUAGUGUUUCUAUACAAAUUAGUACAAGGUGUUUCUACACGCAGUUACGGUAUUAACGUGGCACGACUUGCGGAUCUUCCGAGAAAUGUACUGCAAGUAGCAAAGGUGAAAGCCGUUGAGAUGGAGGCGAAUGUGGAUACAAAAGUAGCACAGCAUUCUUUGAUGCGUGCUAUCUCAGAUCCUGAGCAUAAUCUCCAGCAAUUACGCAAAUAUCUUACAAAAAUGUAG